AUGCCCGUUAGCAGCGGUUUCUCACUAGCACAGGAACCACCACGUCUAGCACCUCUACCUGGCCCACCUCCAGCUGCCAUAGGGGGCCUAAGAGUGCCGGGUUUUCCAGGUCUAGCACCUCCACCUGGCCCACCUCCAGCUAUCAUGGGGGGCGCAAGAGCACCGGGUGUUCCACGAGCACCGGGACCACUACGUCCAGCACCUCCACCUGGCCCACCUCCAGCUGUCAUGGGGGGCCCAAGAGCGCCAGGUGUGCCACCAGCACCGGAGCCACCAGGUCUAGCUCCUCCACCUGGCCCACCUCCAGCUAUAAUGGGGGGCGCAAGAGCACCGGGUGUUCCACCAGCACCGGGACCACUACGUCCAGCACCUCCACCUGGCCCACCUCCAGCUGACAUGGGGGGCCCAAGAGCGCCAGGUGUUCCACCAGCACCGGGACCACUACGUCCAGCACCUCCACCUGGCCCACCUCCUGCUGUCAUGGGGGGCCCAAGAGCGCCAGGUGUGCCACCAGCACCGGAGCCACCAGGUCUAGCUCCUCCACCUGGCCCACCUCCAGCUAUCAUGGGGGGCGCAAGAGCACCGGGUGUUCCACCAGCACCGGGACCACUACGUCCAGCACCUCCACCUGGCCCACCUCCAGCUGUCAUGGGGGGCCCAAGAGCGCCAGGUGUGCCACCAGCACCGGAGCCACCAGGUCUAGCUCCUCCUCCUGGCCCACCUCCAGCUAUCAUGGGGGGCGCAAGAGCACCGGGUGUUCCACCAGCACCGGGACCACUACGUCCAGCACCUCCACCUGGCCCACCUCCUGCUGUCAUGGGGGGCCCAAGAGCGCCAGGUGUGCCACCAGCACCGGAGCCACCAGGUCUAGCUCCUCCACCUGGCCCACCUCCAGCUAUCAUGGGGGGCGCAAGAGCACCGGGUGUUCCACCAGCACCGGGACCACUACGUCCAGCACCUCCACCUGGCCCACCUCCAGCUGUCAUGGGGGGCCCAAGACCGCCAGGUGUUCUGCCAGCAUUGGGACCACCACGACCAGCACUUCUACCUGGCCCAGCUUUCAUGCGGGGCCUAGGAGCGCCAGGUGUUCCACCAGCACUAGGGCCACCACGUCCAGCAACUCCACAUGGCCGAGCUGUCAUGGGGGGCCCAAGAGCACCGGGUGAGUCUCUGAGCUACUCAGAUGUCUACUUCCUCACUUAG